GACUACACUCAGACACAUUACACAUUACAUCUUUUUUUAAUACCAUAGCACAAAUACUGACACCAUGACUUUUGGAUCAUUUGAUAGUAUUUGUAACAAGACGGCCUUGCCCCUUUGUUCUGUGCUUGGUUCCGUGAAUCAAUCCUCAGAUUUCCAAAGGGGGAUAUUACCACAAUGUUAUGCCCGAUCCGUGGAAUUAGCCAACACCAUGAUUUUCCAAGUGGGCACUGCGUUUGUUCAUUUCGGGGGAUUGAUUAUUGUUUUGAUUAUUAUCUUCAAUGUCCGAGCCAAGUACACGGCUAUUGGAAGAACAGAAAUGUUAUUUUUGUUAUAUUUAUUUAUUGGAUUGUUGGUGUCGAGUUUGAUUGUUGAUUGUGGUGUUUCCCCACCUUCCAGUUCAAGUUACUCAUAUUUUGUUGCGGUACAAUUGGGACUCGCCAGUAGUGUAUGCGCAUGUCUAUUGUAUAAUGGUAUCGUUUGUUUCCAGUUCUGGGAAGAUGGUACAAGAAAGUCCAUGUGGAGUUUAAGAUUGAUUUGUUUUGGGUGGUUUGUCGUCAAUUUUAUCAUUGCAUUGAUCACUUUUAACCACUGGAAUACAAGUUUAGACAAUAGAAACACCAUGGUGUUAUUCAUAUUCACCUACUUAUUUAAUGCCAUCAUCGUGGCUACCUAUGUCGUUUCUCAAAUUGUUUUAGUUGUUUUUGCCCUUGACUCAUAUUGGCCAUUAGGUGCGAUUAUAUUUGGGGUGUUUUUCUUUGUUGCUGGACAAGUGUUGACAUAUGUGUUUAGUCAUGCCAUUUGUAGCGGUGCUGCUCAUUACGUGGAUGGGAUCUUCUUUGGAAGCUUAUGUAAUGUCUUCACUGUGAUGAUGAUUUAUAAAUUUUGGGAUAUGAUAACUACGGAUGAUUUAGAAUUUAGUGUGGCUAAUGUCGAACAAGAAGUUCCUGGAGGAGCCGGAAUUGGACUUUUGGAUGAUGAAAAGAGAGCUUCAAGUAUGUUUUUCGGGUAGGCAAAUAGUACAAUACAAGUUAUAUUAGAAUUUACGUCAGAUAAGGUGUAACUGUAGCUCUGUAGCCAACGGAGAUAAGAUUAAUUUGACAUUGCAACAUAUUAAUUUGAUUGACUAGUCAACAAGUUGUCUCACAUGGGAAUGUUUCCAUGUGUGUCGCGACAAACUUAGCGGCGGAGCAUUUUAAGUGAAAUUUUACUUUGCAUGACUACUGUCGUUUAAUACGAUCUGAUUUAUAGUUUACGAAUUGUCGAUUUUUCAACUUCUACGUUUAUU